AUGAUCGCAACUCAGGGCCUUCCUUAUUCCCAAGAAUCAUCCCACGCCACCUCACACUACCGAUCCAGCAGUCACUCAAGAAGUUCUACCCCCCGAAACCACCCUCCAAGCCGACAGCAGUCCUCGCGAGCCUCCCCACGAUACUCUGCCAGCACCGCAGCCAGAGCGCCGCCGGCUGAUGACACGGGCGCGUCGAGAUUACCCUCGCCCCCGGACUCGUCUUCUGGCAGCGCCAGUGCCGGUGUUGGAAGCGCCUCACAAUCCCACGAAGACUUGAAGGCAAGGUACACAAACGCAUCCCAGAAUGGUCAGAAGCAGGCCUACAUGGACGACUCAUCCGCGCACCAGCCUGCGCAGGGAUUCUCCGCUGCCGGUCUUGCUGCCUCCGAUAAUACCCCCAACUCCUCGUCUCAGACCGUCGCCGGAUCCACCCAGCCAAGUAAUGUCCUCCCCUCUCCCGCCUCCAAUUCUGGCGAUCGAUGGACCGCAUCGCAGUCCACACUGAACUCCUCGCCAACCUCCCCCACGCAACAAACCACCAUCAAGGUCCGCGACCUCGCACACGUCCAGGCCCUUGCACGGUCGGGCAUGACCUCGAGCACAGUCGACGAUGAUUCACCCUUACAAGCAUUGAAAUAUGACCUAAGCGAAUGUCCGAUCGGAGAUGUAAUUGAGAUGGUCGCAGCAUUGCUCACCAAGAUCACCACCACCAACGACCAGCAGCACGACGCCCUUAGCAGAAAUGCUAUCGAGCGCAAUGCCAGCCAUGUAAAGCAGGCUCAAGCUCAGAACGACGGCUCGGCUUCGGAGAACAGCAUGAGCCCCUUGAGCAGCAGCGUGCUCGCCUUCCACGGCAAGAACGUGCCUGCCAUCACCAUCUUGAGCUACCUCAGCCGAAUACACAAGUACUGCCCGACCACAUUCGAGGUAUUUUUGAGCUUGUUGGUCUAUUUCGACCGUAUGACGGAGCGGGUCAACGACAUAGUCAUGAAGGCAGAAGAGGCCAAGAAAUCCGGCCAGGCGCAAGGGCCGACCGAGUCGGACGUUGUUAUGAAAGAGGCCGAUGACGAUAGCAGCGACAGCGACGAGGAGUUGGACGAGGACAUUGCCGACGAUUCAGACAGUGAUGGGGAGCAACCCAGAGGGCGUCCCGCACCCUCAAAAACGCAGGGGAAUGGCUCAGGGAAGGCCUCAGGGGCACCCUCUGCCGCCAGCCAACCCACGUUCUUUGUUGUCGACAGCUUCAACAUUCAUAGGUUGAUCAUCUCUGGGGUGACGUGUGCGAGCAAGUUUUUCUCGGAUGUCUUUUACACAAAUUCGAGAUAUGCCAAGGUUGGAGGUCUCCCCCUCGCUGAGCUCAACCACUUGGAGAUACAGUUCCUCCUUCUGAACGACUUUCGACUCGCCAUUCAAGUCGAGGACCUGGAGGCCUACGCAACGAUGCUUGUCGAGUUUUACGCGCGAGAGGUCGUGUCUCGAUCUGCUGCGGGCGCGGCUUAG